AUGACGGCGUCUCCCGACUACCUGGUGAUUCUCUUCGUGACCACGGCGGGCACCAACGGGGCAAGGUUGGGCUCGGACGAACGAGAGCUGCUCCAACUCCUGUGGAAAGUGGUCGACCUGAGGAGUAAGGAGCUGGGGCACCUGCAUGACGUGCUGGUCCGGCCUGACCACACAGAACUGACGGCUGAGUGCCAGGAGAUCACCCAAGUGGAUGUGGAGAGCCUGGCACUGGCUCCACCGCUGGAGCAGGCACUGAGACAGUUUAAUCAGUCCGUGAGCAAUGAACUGAACAUUGGUGUAGGUACUUCUUUCUGUUUCUGUACUGAUGGACAGUUGCACAUUAGGCAGGUUCUACACCCUGAAGCUUCCAAAAAGAAUAUUUCACUGCCUGAAUGCUUCUACUCCUUUUUUGACUUGCGGAAAGAGUUCAAGAAGUGUUGCCCUGGCUCACCUGAAGUUAGCAAACUCGAUGUUGCAGCCAUGACAGAAUAUUUAAAUCUUGACAAGAGCAGUCCAGCAUUUCCCUAUGGAGCCUCUCAAGUUGAAGAUAUGGGGAAUAUUAUUUUAACAUUAAUAUCUGAACCAUACAAUCACAGAUUUUCAGAUCCAGAAAGGGUGAACUACAAAUUUGAAAGUGGGCCUUGCAGCAAGAUGGAACUUGUGGAUGACAAUGCUGUUAUCCGAGCAAGAGGAUUGCCAUGGCAGUCAUCUGACCAGGACAUAGCAAGGUUCUUCAAAGGUCUAAAUAUUGCCAAAGGAGGUGCUGCGCUCUGUCUCAAUGCCCAAGGUAGGAGGAAUGGGGAGGCUCUUGUGAGGUUCGUGAACGAAGAGCACAGAGAUCUAGCACUACAAAGGCACAAGCAUCACAUGGGGAACCGAUACAUAGAGGUAUACAAGGCAACAGGUGAAGACUUCCUUAAAAUUGCAGGAGGUACUUCCAAUGAGGUUGCACAGUUCUUGUCAAAAGAAAACCAAGUGAUUGUCAGGAUGCGAGGUCUUCCUUUCAAUGUAACAACAGAAGAAGUGCUGACUUUCUUUGGCCAGCACUGCCCUGUAACAGGAGGAAAGGAGGGAGUCCUGUUUGUCACUUACCCUGACAGCAGGCCAACAGGAGAUGCCUUUGUCUUGUUUGCUUGUGAGGAAUAUGCACAAAAUGCACUGAAAAAGCACAAGGAUUUGCUGGGGAAAAGGUACAUUGAACUCUUCCGGAGCACUGCAGCAGAAGUUCAGCAGGUGCUGAACAGGUACUCUUCCACACCUCUCAUUCCUCUCCCAACACCUCCAAUUCUUCCAGUAUUACCUCAACAAUUUGUGCCUCCCACUAACAUCAGAGACUGCAUACGUUUGCGUGGUCUUCCCUAUGCUGCUACUAUAGAGGACAUUCUGGAGUUCCUGGGAGAGUUUUCUACAGAUAUUCGGACCCAUGGAGUUCACAUGGUUCUAAAUCACCAGGGGCGUCCAUCAGGAGAUGCUUUCAUUCAGAUGAAAUCUGCAGAUCGAGCCUUCCUGGCUGCACAGAAGUGUCAUAAGAAGACUAUGAAGGACAGAUAUGUUGAAGUCUUUCAAUGUUCUGCUGAAGAGAUGAACUUUGUAUUAAUGGGGGGCACUUUAAAUCGAAAUGGCUUGUCCCCGCCACCAUGUAAGUUACCAUGCCUUUCACCCCCUGCCUACUCCUUUCCAGCUCCUGCUGCCGUUGUGCCAACAGAAGCUGCUCUGUAUCAGCCAUCCAUGCUUCUGAACCCACGAACACUCCAGCCUUCCACAGCCUACUACCCUGCUGGGGCUCAGCUCUUCAUGAACUACACAGCUUACUACCCCAGUAUGCAGCAGAGGAUGGACUUGUACACACUAAUGAUGUGGCCAGGACAGUGUCCAAAGAAUGGAUUUGCAUUUAAAGGCCGCAGCAGUUAG